GCACUGUGCGGGUAGCCGUGGGAGCGCCUUUGUGCCUGCCUGGGGUGAGGCUGCGACGGCCCCUUGUACGCCCUGGUCCAUUGUCUUCCCGGCUGGGGCUGGCGACAGGGUCCCGCACGUGCCACCGCGGCGGCUGCAGUGCCGGGCCGGGUGGGCGCCCGCAUCCCAGGCGCGCCGUGGGAGAUGAAGCUCCCGAAGCCGUGGUGGGCGGGCGGCGGCCUCCUGAACCUCACGCUGCUGCUGAGCUUAGCUAGGCUCCCCGUGGACCUGGACCUCGGCCUGCCGCCACCGGCCGCCGCACUUUGGGAAGAGCUGCUCCCACUCUGUCCCACCCGCCCCGCCUCGUCUUCUAGCCCCUUCUCGGCCCCGGGAGGCUGGGGACACUCCCCUCAGCUGCUUGCCAAGGGCCGGCUACUGCGCGAAGUGCGCGCGCUCGGCGUCCCCUUCAUCCCCCGCACCCGCGUGGACGCGUGGCUAGUGCACAGCGUGGCGACCGGGGACGCAGACGGGGCCCACGGGCUGCUCGGCACCGCCGCCUCGUCCGCCGUGGGAGACGGCGGCCAGGCGGCACCCACGGGCGCCGGGGACUCCCGAGAGGCUCACAGCAGCCCUCUGGCUGCGGAGGAGGAGAAGGCGGCGGAACCGACGGCGCAGGUGCGGGACACAGGCGGACGCGGGAGCCAGGAGAAUGAUAUACUAAAAGAAAAGUGCGAAGCUGUGGGCCACAGUUCCCAGCAUGAGGAAGGUGAGGAAGAGGCGUCCGCCCACGUGAAAUUGCUACAGCCGGGUAGGAAAGAUGAAAACACAAUGUCAGAUGCACCUGACUGGGAACCAGAGACCAUCCCAGAGUCCAGGAAUGAGAGCCACGUACAUUGGUCCAAUCCAUCUUUCUCUCUGGAUUUAUUUCAACUGCUUUCAUCACAGCCUGAACACUCCCUGGAGGGCAUCUUGCUGGAAGACAUUCCACCUUUUCUAAGCAAUGUCAAUGGAAGCCUGAAUUCCUCAGCACAUAACAUAAAUUUGAGCCAUGCAAUAAGCCAUGACGUCAAUCUUCAUGAAGCCAUGCUGUUGCAUCCCAACAACACAUUUAGAAGAGAUCCAGCAGCAAAGACUUCACAGGCACAAGAACCAUUUCUACAGUUAAAUUCUCAUACCAAUUCUGAGCAAGCCAUCCCCGCAAUGUCUCUUCCACCUGUUGACAAUCAAGUGAGGAAUCUAACAAGCCAAGAUCUCCUGUAUGACCUCGAUUCAAACAUAUUUGAUGGAAUAAACCUAAUGUCAUUGGCCACAGGUUUCAGUCCACUGGAAGUUUCUCAUCUUUUUGAAGACUCUGAUUCUGGGCUCCCAAUAAAUUCAAGUCACAACAGCACCUCUAUCACUAAGUCUAGUUCUUCUCACUGUAUGUACGAUGGCGCUAUAGGUUAUAGUAGUGACCUUCAGUGUCUCUGUCAUGAUUUAGGUGCUGUAGGAGGCUGCUACCCAGAACCCCAUAAACAUUACCACAUGGAUCAUAGGACUGUGUCUGGCCUUCAUCAGGAUCUUGAAUGUCAGCAAGUAUUUCAUGACCACACUUACCACUUACAGCCAGGGGUACCAGAGCCCACAUUUGAAUCUGGGAAGUCACAGGAAAUCACUGGUUGCCUCAACGACCCAGAUAGAAACUUGAGUCGUGAUGAACAGCGUGCUAAAGCUCUGCAUAUUCCCUUUUCAGUAGAAGAAAUUGUCCGCAUGCCUGUUGACUCUUUCAACAGCAUGUUAAGCAGGCACUACCUGACAGACUUACAAGUUUCUCUCAUCCGUGACAUCAGACGAAGAGGAAAAAAUAAAGUUGCUGCUCAGAACUGUCGUAAACGUAAACUAGACAUCAUUUUAAAUCUAGAAGAUGAUAUUUGUAACUUGCAAACAAAGAAGGAAGCCCUCAAGAGUGAGUUGGCUCAAUGUAACAAAGCUAUUGACAUAAUGAAACAGAAGCUGCACAACCUCUACCAUGAUGUUUUCAGUAUCCUAAGAGAUGACCAAGGUAGGCCAGUGAAUCCAAACCACUAUGCACUUCAGUACAGCCAUGAUGGAACUGUUUUGAUUGUACCCAAAGAACUGGUCACAUCAGGCCACAAAAAGGAAAUCCCAAAGGGAAAGAGAGGAAGGAAAAACUGAACAAGACUCCAGUGACACACAUCAAACUAUUUUAAGAUUUUUGAAACUACUGCUACUUGAAUCAUUCAGUUAAGGAUACAUGUUAAAAGUUUGUACUGAUAAAUGUUUAAGACUCAAAGUUAUGCUUCUGUGAAGUUGGGAGAAUCCACACAUUUUCAUGAACCACUUCUGCACUAAAUUUCAUAAAUACACGUUCAUGUAAUCUCCAAGAACUUUUAAAACCACCUUUUAGUAACUUGGUCACUUGGAAAAAGUUUUAAGAUGCUUACAAAAAUGGAAGUUAGCCUUUAGUGUCUUCUGAAGGUGUUUUUCAAUAUUUAACUUGUAAAAGUGUGAAAAUAAAUUUUAUAUUUGAAUUUAUAAAAAUUUUAUUUCAACAAGUCAAAUUAAAUUUGCCUUAUCUGUACAUCUUCCCCCCCCAAAAAAAAUCCACUCUAACCCUUAUAGUUUGUUAACCAUAUUGUUAACAUUAAGAUUCAGAGCAAAGUAUCCCAACUUUCAGAAAGCAGUCACAGCCCUAUAUCCAGAAGCAAUGCAAAUACCUGUAUCGAGAAAUAUGGCAGCAGGCACUUGUCUAUGAUGACCUCGCAACCUAAAAUAUUCUGAACUUUCAGGUAUUGAGCUUAAACAACCAUCUUAAUCAGAUGUUUAAAAAAUGAAACAGUAACCAAUUAUCUUUGAAAUUAAAAUGAGUCAUAACAGUUCAGAUUAUAACAAAGUGCAACCUGUCAAAUUCUGAUACAUUUUUAAUGCUGUACUGACAUACCCCAGUUCCAAGGAAACAAUACAUUGCCCAGCAGUGAGCCAUUGCAGUGAGUCAACCAUUUCUCCUUUCUUAAUGUCAAAAAAUGCAAUCCAUAACAUGUGGUAGUAAAUCACGCUGAAUGUGAGACGUGUGAACCAAUGCUUCAUAUAUUCACAUCAGGCAUAUAAACCACUUACAAAGGACCUGAAAGUGUUAGAAUAAGGAUCCUCCUAGCAUGACAGCAAAGUAAAAAUCAAUAGCACCAGUCAAAAGUAGGGAUGGAAUGGGUAAGUGUGUUUACCGGCUGUUCUUCUGAAGGACCCAGCUGGAUCCCUAACAUGCAGUUAACUAUAGUUCUAGGUGACCCAUUGCUCUACACAUAUAGUAGACAUAAUAUAGACAAACAUGCAUAAACCAAUGAUUUUGUAUUUAAAGUAAAACUUCCAACACACCUUGUUAAAUUUUCCAGUAGCUCCUGGGGGUGACCAGGCAACCAGCUACUACUAUGACCAGAGAUAAAAUUGUCUACACAUUUAUGAGACCAUUUGGAAAUCUGCCCUCUUUACAGGAUAGGUUCAGCCUUGACCUCCAAAUUUAAUUGAUCGUGCCCAGUAUUAAGGAAAAGUGAGGAUAACAUGGUACUUUCAUUGCCCACCAAAUUCCACACUAUGGAUCCAAACUAUAGCUCCUGCCUAAGUGUGCUAAAUCUUGACCAGACUUAGAAGCCAUGUUUUGUGAACUUAGAUGUUUUCCAAGUUUGUCCCUUUGUAACACACACUGGACCAAUCCUACCUGCCACAUGUGGAGAGACCAAACAUACCCAAGAUUCCUUCUGAAUUUGUUAAGUUUUCAUGAUUAAAGUCCUGUUCCCAAUGAAAGGGCUCAGCAUGUGAAGGCCCUUUCCCAGAGCCCAGGGACCUUUGGUGGCCAGAAUGCUAAAUGAACCGACUGGUUCAAGUUGCCCUUAUACUGCCUACAAAUUUUUUAAAUUUUAACUAUUAAUAAAGUUCUAUAGUAAGAGCUGUUCCACAGGACCCAAAUUGAGUUCCCAGUGGCACAAAUAUGACCGAUUCCCAGAUCCAAGGUAUCCAAAAGCUAUGUGUACAACACGCAGAACACUUCCAGUGAUCCCUCCAGUAUGACCAGCCAUUUUUUAAGGGCCACACACAUAGUAAACACGUAUAUACUAGGCUUAGUCCCAUAUCUUCCAGGACCCGCCACUACCAUUGAUUUUCCCUUUUGGGGCAUUGCCUUUACUGUUUUUAUAACUUGUUUUUCUUACAGCUGUGUAAUACAAAUUUUACUUUGAAGUCCAAGUUAAAAAAAAAA